UUUUUUUUUUUUUUUUUGAGACGGUGUCUGACUGUUGCCCAGGCUGGAGUGCAGUGGCAAGUUCUAGGCUCACUGCAACCUCUGCUUCCUGGGUUCAAGCGAUUCUCUGGACUCAUCCUCCCUAGUAGCUGGGAUUACAGGCACGCACCACCACACCUGGCUAAUUUUUGUAUUUUUUAUAGAGAUGGAGUUUCAUUCACCAUGUUAGUCUGGUCUCAAGCUCCUGACCUCAGGUGAUCCACCCGCCUCGACCUCCACAAAGUGCUGGGAUUACAGGCAUGAGCCACCACCCCCGCCAGAAACUCCUCAUCUUGAAAUAUCUCUAGGAAUAUGCGCUUGACUUGAAUUCUCCAAUGUGCAAUUUUGGACCUAGGGGUUAGAAAGCCUGGAUGUGAGAGAAAGCUGCUUAACCUUGCAUUAGUUAUUUCAUCUUUCUGAAUAUACUUUCUCUCUUUGGAAGAUAAUACUACCUACUUCCCAAGGUUAUUGUAGGAGUUGAAAUUAAAUUAGAUAACAUGUGAAUGACUCAGUACACACUAAUUCCUUUUAACUCUUUCAACUGCUGAUAACCUGACUUCUUAAUUCUAUAUUUCUAGGUACAGGGUUUUUUAAUCUGUGACCUUUGAAAAGGCUUCAGGGGAUUGUAGUUCCCCUGAAAUUGUAUGCAAAAUAAUACGUCAGUUUUCUAGGGUAGGUGUUCACAGCUUCCCUUGGAUUCUCAAAAGGGUCAUUUACAUGUCCCCACCCCUAAAAUUCAAAACUGCUAAGCUAGGCUCUCUGCCUGUUUUUUCUUUUCACUUUUUCCUCUUGUAACACAUUACUUAGACCAACUCCUAUCAGGCAAGACUACCCAAGGGUUAAUGCUGUGGCAGAAGGUUGGAACUCUUGAUUUAGAUGGAGGGAAAUUAUUUGUGGUUUAGGUAGUAAACCUACCCAAGGCAAGAAUACCCAAGGGUUAAUGUUGUGGCAGAAGGUUAGAACUCUUGAUUUAGAUGGAGGGAAAUUAUUUGUGGUUUAGGUAGUAUAUCAUCCCUCUUCUGCCAUUUAGCACAAGUAGGCAAAUGUUAAGACAAAAUUUGGUUAUUUUUCAGAGGUCAACCUAGUUUUGUUUGCAUUCUUGUAUUUGUAUUGCCUUAUUCUUGUUCUGUAAUUUGUAAUAUUAGUUGUUAGCAUGAUUAAUUUUGGUGGGAAGAAAUUGGUAAUACCUUUUGACUUUUUGUUGUUGUUGUUGUUGUUGUUGUUGUUGUUGAGAUGGAGUCUCGCUGUGUCGCCCAGGCUGGAGUGCAAUGGUACAGGCGCGAUCUGUGCUCACUGCAACUUCCGCCUCCUGGGUUCAAGCGAUUCUCCUACCUCAGCCUCCCAAGUAGCUGGGAUUACAGGCGCCUGCCACCACGCCUGGCUACUUUUUGUAUUUUUAGUAGAGACGGGGUUUCACCAUGUUGGCCAGCCUGAUCUCGAACUCCUGACCAGAAGUGAUCCACCCACCUCGACCUGCCAAAGUGUUGGGAUGACAGACAUGCCAAUAUUUGGUUUCUGUCCAGCCCAUGAUGAUUUCUACUUGGUGGUGUGUAACGACUGUAAUCAGGUUGUCAAACCGCAGGCAUUUCAAUCACAUUAUGAAAGAAGACAUAGCUCAUCCAGCAAGCCGCCUUUGGCCGUUCCUCCCACUUCAGUAUUUUCCUUCUUCCCUUCUCUGUCCAAAAGCAAAGGAGGCAGUGCAAGUGGAAGCAAUCGUUCUUCCAGUGGAGGUGUUCUUAGCGCAUCCUCAUCAAGUUCCAAGUUGUUGAAAUCACCCAAAGAGAAACUGCAGCUCAGGGGGAACACCAGGCCAAUGCAUACCAUUCAGCAAAGUAGAGUUCCCCAUGGUAGAAUCAUGACACCCUCUGUGAAAGUGGAAAAGAUUCAUCCGAAAGUGGAUGGCACACUACUGAAAUCUGCGGUGGGGCCAACCUGUCCUGCUACUGUGAGUUCCUUAGUCAAGCCUGGCCUUAACUGCCCCUCAAUACCAAAGCCAACCUUGCCUUCACCUGGACAGAUUCUGAAUGGCAAAGGGCUUCCUGCACCGCCCACUCUGGAAAAGAAACCUGAAGACAAUUCCAAUAAUAGGAAAUUUUUAAAUAAGAGAUUAUCAGAAAGAGAGUUUGAUCCUGACAUCCACUGUGGGGUUAUUGAUCUCGACACCAAGAAGCCCUGCACCCGGUCUUUGACAUGCAAGACACAUUCCUUAACCCAGCGCAGGGCUGUCCAGGGUAGAAGAAAACGAUUUGAUGUGUUAUUAGCCGAGCACAAAAACAAAACCAGGGAAAAGGAAUUGAUUCGCCAUCCGGACUCUCAGCAACCACCGCAGCCUCUCAGGGACCCGCAUCCCGCCCCUCCUAGAACGUCACAGGAGCCGCACCAAAACCCUCACGGAGUGAUUCCUUCCGAAUCAAAGCCUUUUGUAGCUAGUAAACCUAAACCUCACACCCCCAGUCUUCCAAGGCCUCCAGGCUGCCCUGCUCAGCAAGGUGGGAGUGCCCCCAUUGACCCUCCUCCAGUCCAUGAAUCUCCACACCCUCCCCUGCCUGCCACUGAGCCAGCUUCUCGGUUAUCCAGUGAGGAGGGCGAAGGCGAUGACAAAGAAGAGUCUGUUGAAAAACUGGACUGUCAUUAUUCAGGUCAUCAUCCUCAGCCAGCAUCUUUUUGCACAUUUGGGAGCCGGCAGAUUGGAAGAGGCUAUUACGUGUUUGACUCCAGGUGGAAUCGACUUCGCUGCGCCCUCAACCUCAUGGUGGAGAAGCAUCUGAAUGCACAGCUAUGGAAGAAAAUACCACCAGUGCCCAGUACCAACUCACCCAUCUCCACACGUAUUCCUCACCGGACAAACUCUGUGCCGACAUCACAAUGUGGAGUCAGCUAUCUGGCAGCAGCCACCGUCUCUACAUCCCCAGUCCUGCUCUCAUCUACCUGCAUCUCCCCAAAUAGCAAAUCGGUACCAGCUCAUGGAACCACACUAAAUGCACAGCCUGCUGCUUCAGGGGCGAUGGAUCCUGUGUGCAGUAUGCAAUCCAGACAAGUGUCCUCUUCAUCCUCAUCCCCUUCCACGCCCUCUGGCCUUUCCUCGGUUCCUUCCUCCCCUAUGUCCAGGAAACCUCAGAAAUUGAAAUCCAGCAAAUCUUUGAGGCCCAAGGAGUCUUCUGGUAACAGCACUAACUGUCAAAAUGCCAGUAGCAGUACCAGUGGCGGCUCAGGAAAGAAACGCAAAAACAGUUCCCCACUGUUGGUUCACUCUUCCUCCUCCUCUUCCUCCUCCUCCUCUUCUUCUCAUUCCAUGGAGUCUUUUAGGAAAAACUGUGUGGCUCACUCUGGGCCUCCCUACCCCUCAACGGUAACAUCUUCCCAUAGCAUCGGCCUCAACUGUGUGAUGAAUAAAGCAAAUGCGGUGAACGUCCGGCAUGACCAGUCAGGGAGGGGCCCCCCCACCGGGAGCCCUGCUGAAUCCAUCAAGAGGAUGAGUGUGAUGGUGAACAGCAGUGAUUCUACUCUUUCUCUUGGGCCAUUCAUUCACCAGUCCACUGAACUUCCUGUCAACUCCCACGGCAGUUUUUCCCACUCACACACUCCUCUAGAUAAACUCAUAGGAAAGAAAAGAAAGUGCUCACCCAGCUCGAGCAGCAUCAACAACAGCAGCAGCAAACCCACAAAGGUUGCCAAAGUGCCAGCCAUGAACAACGUCCACAUGAAACACACAGGCACCAUCCCAGGGGCACAAGGACUGAUGAACAAUUCCCUCCUUCAUCAGGAUAUCUCCUCACCUUGCUUACGAACAGGAAUUUCAGCAACAUCACCCCAGAGCCCUGACUUAAAAUGUGAGGCUCUUUUUCAUGAUUUUUUUUCCCCUUCCUCGUCUUCAGAACUUAACUCAAAUGCCAGCCAGGUUAGGACUUUUUCAGAAAAUACCAAGAAGUUUCUUAGUAUUUUCUUAGUGUGAUAUAAUUUUCCUCUAAUAUUUGGGUGAAUUAACACCCAUUGCCAAAGGUAUGGGGAAAAUAUUUGUGAAUUUAACUAGCUGCGUACAUUAUGGGUUAUUAUAUGUUGUUUGGCAUUCUGAUCAUGGGAUUCCUGGACAAAUGAGAAGUGUGCUUUUCCUUCUUGGUUUGUAGUUACUCAUUACAGUUUAUAAGCAUAACAGUCCAAUAUGAACACAGAAGACAUGGUGUGCCGAUUCUUCAACGCACCGUCGUUGAGAGAGACGUGAUCCCCACGGAAGGGGCAUUCCAUUGUGCUGUAAUGUCCAUCUCACAUCUGUAUUAGUGAGCACACUGUCUUCAUUUAGACAGGAGUGUAGAUCUUAAUGCCCACAAGUAACAAAAAGGACAGAAAGGGGGGGGCCAGGUGGGGCACAGCAGAGAUUGACAGUGCCUACUAGAAAUUGGGGGGACAUGGAGCAGCUGCUUCCAGACAUUUGUUACCAGUUUUAAAGAGAGGCUGCAGAUCUGGACUUGCAUGUGAAAUUUAGUUGAGAUAUAUGUGUGUGUGUGUGUGUGUGUAUGUAUACACACACAUAUACACACACACUUUUUUUUCUCUUCUUAAAUCUGGUAUAGCCUAUGUAUCUGUGGGCCAUCUUUGGCUCAUGACCUGCCAUUUUGCCACCUUUGAUUUUUACCAUGUAGUGGCACUAUGUCUUACUAGAACAACGCAGACAGCCUAACUUUGGGCUUUUUCCUUAAAAUCAGUUAAAAUCAGUUUCCACUUAAGUUUGUGUUUGAGAGAGAUUUUCUCUGUGCAGAGGAAUACUUUUUAUUAUGCUACACAAAUCCUGGGGCAAGAGCAGGGGUGCUUGCUUAGAGAUCAAAGGAUCAUUGAACCCCAAGAAGUAUUGCACAUUUUUAUGUCUUUGUUCAUUUAUCGUAUAGCUUUCAUAAGAAUCUCAAAGGGACUCGUGACCCCAAAAUGCUUUAAAGAAUGCUGCUGUUACAAAAGUAGGGACCUCUACUUGCUGUUCCUUGUGGAGCUGCCUUUAAAACAAAAAUAACUGGGCUAGUUGAAGUUUUCUAAACAAGGGAAUGAAGAGUGGGACAUGCUGGGAAGCCUAGGAGAUGAUGGGGUUGGGUAGGCACCCCCAAGAGUCUGUUCAUGGCCUGUACCACCAAAGAUGUAAAAGCCCACUGUGAAUGCCAGAGUUUCCUCCUCCCCAGUAUGGGCACUGCCUUGAGUGCGAACUGUCACACCUGUGUGUGCUAGCCCUUGACCUUGUUCCCUUCUCAGUUAACAACCUGGAAUACCUUCAAGGACACAAAAUCACUGGAAUACCUUCAAGGACACAAAAUCAGUAAAUAAAACCAAAAGGCAAACAUAAGAGCCUUUUCUCUAAGUUAGAAACCCAGGCCUGCAACUCUUCUAGCCAGUUGGCUAGAAGUGAAUCUUUGCAAUGAUUGUGCCCAGUAGUAGUGAAGGCAUUUGAAAGCUAAGAACAAAAUCUAUAGCUGACUGUUCCUGGUGUCACUCAGUCAGUGGAGGCUUUAGUAGCGUGCAGCCUUUGGAAUAUUCUUGUUUAGAAUCAAUAGAGUGCAGUGUACAAACGCUUACUUACCAUUUCAUUAUUUCCCCACCCCCUCUUUUUUGAAAGCCAAAGGCACGUCCCUGACAGCUGAAAAUAGCACGGGGAGGAAUAAUGCGGACACUUUUGAGGACAAGUUACACCUCCACUCAGCACUCUGGACUCCACGAUGCCUUUGAGUCUGUUUUCCCAACCUCCUGUGGGCCUCAAGGGUAGAAACCUGUCGGGCUGUUGUUUUAACGAGGAUUUCCCUGAAGCUAUGUCUCUAGCAGUGAGUACUCAUAAAGGACACUGGAUCAAGUUCAGCCACCGAAUUGCUUUUAUCAGUGUUAAAGUGGUCUGAACUGCUUGCUACCAAUCUGUGAGAAGUUUUUUUGUUUUUUAACUUGCAGUAUAUCACAGAGCCACUCUUCAAGUAGAUUGGCUGGGCAAAAGAAUGUUUUGGCAAGAGCGUUACUGUAGACCUUUCUCCCUCCUUCCUUUUACUACCAUUUUUUUUUAACACUGUCAUCUGUAGGUCACUCUCCAGCAGUUAGGCACCUUAACUGGAGACCAGAAACCUUCCAGAGAACAGAGGGCUGCAUCCCGAGCAACCGUCUGAAGAAGGGAAUUAGGCUUUAGAUUUUGAUAGCAAUGUUCCAGGAAUGAAAUAUAGAUGUUAGCCCAAGGCACCAUGACAAAAUAGCCCAGCCUUUUGAGAGUAAUUUGGGAAAAGAAGCUGUCAGAAGUUUCUGACUUACAAACUGGUUUGAAAUUUUUGAUGCCUAGACAGCAAGUAUAAAUCAUUUUGGAGGCUUACUUUUCAUGAUACAAAAGCAAUUCUGUGUGAUUUUUUUUUAAGAAGAAAGAAAAUGCAAGCUAGUUUUGAGAAAGGAACGCCAAAUUGGGUCGGGGGAGGGUGGGAGUGAGGAAGUUAAAAUCACUAUAGGGAGAAAAAACUUUUUUCAAGAUUUCCAAAGAGAUGAAAUUUUCUUAAUCGUUUAAGUUUUCAUAGUAAACAGUAUGGCAGAUUGGGUUGGUUGUCCUACCUGGUCUAUUUUUAAAAGUCACCUUUUAAAGUGACAUUAUUAGAUACACUUAAAUGUUUCCAAGGCACUCUCUGCAUUACCCUUGUUUUUCUCUUUGGAUACUAUCCUGGGACUAAGUGUAGAUUUCUGCUUCAAGCACUUCUGGCAUUGUGUGUUUUUGUAUGCACUCCCCUUCAUGCCACUUCAGAUGUUUAUUUGGAUGUGGCUGGGGACGAGAGCAGACACCAAGGAAAGGGAGUUGGAGAGAAUGUAAGUCCUGACCUGAAGGUCUUUUGUGAUGCGUGUAUAGGAUUGCCCUGACACAGACCCUCCUUUCUUGGGAUUAUACCAGCCAUCUUCCUGAGAGUUUUGGAGCCCUCUGGGAUAUUUUUUCUAGUACCCCACCCCCCACCCCUAAAGAAAGACCUUAAUAUGUUAAAACAGCAUUGCUUGGAGAAGGUGUCAUUGAAUUCGGGGACGAGCCGGAGCCUUUAAAUGGGUGCUUCCACCACUACAGGCUCCUGACACGAGAAACAGGCACUGUUGCUUAGAAGAACACACGAAGUUGCCGAACACAGGGUAAAAUUUCCAAGGCACUGAUCGUUGCCCUGGCCAGGGCCUGAUGAGAGCCAGUCAGUACAUUCUUUUUUUCCUACAGUUCUUGGGUUUCAAACUUCAGUUUCAGGGAAUUUCAAGUCAACAACAGGUAGAAUGAAUAAACUUGGUUACCAGCCUAAUAAUGUGAAUUGCUACAGAAUUAUUCUUAUUAUGUAAGAAAACAAAAACUUUAUGCAGAUACUUUAGCUAUAAAUUGAUGUAAAAUACUGAUUUUUUUAAAGGAAGGAGAGAACAGUAUCUUGUUCAAUUAUUAUGCAAUCAAUCAGUAAAUGUUUUUAAAAUGAUACUACAGGAGAGCUUAGUAAGGAGAGGGCAUGGAUGGGCCAGUUUGGCAUAGUUGGGAGAGAUCAGUCUGGUUUCCAUCCCAGUCGGGGAAGAGAGAGUUGAGAGGGAAUCAGAACGUACCUAGUUGAUUCCUUGGUGACAAGUGCAAUGGGGUAUGGGUAGAAUUUAUUUUCAGAGCCAAGAGGACUUGAUGGUUAUAAAUAAAGUUGCCUUUAGCAAUGGAAUUUACAGAUCGAUCAUGUUGUUCCGAAAGAUGUGAAUAGGAUCCACAAUAACAAGUUGAUUCAGACUAAUGUAGAUAUUUAGAUUAGCAAGUAUUGAACAUUUGAUUUCUUAGACUGAGGUUUUAAUUGAAUUUCAUUAUUUCUCCCGGUAAUACACAGAGCAUCGGGAUUAGGAAAUUAGCCAUUUUGGAUUCUGCCUGCCACAAACAGACCUAUUCUAAACAGUGCUAUUAAAUUUUAGACUGUUGUUCAAAUAUUUUAUUUUCUCCUACAACUACUUUUUAUGAUGAUGAAUAAUUAAGACCAUUUAAAACACGGGAGUACAAGUAUUUUUUUGAAUUAAAUUAACUUGCAAAAACCAAAUUUGCAGUGGUUGGGUUGUUUCUAGACAGACUUUGGUAUCAAUUUAAAACCAAGAUAAUUUUUAUAUUCUUUCCAAUAGAAUUUCAUGACAACUCCUGCAGUUUUCUUAACCUACAAAAAAAAAAAAAAAGUGCUGCAAUGAUGAACAAAGAAUUAUACAAAACCUACUUUUGUAUCUUUAUUUUGGAAUUUCUUGUUCUAUUAUAAAUAUGGAAGUAUCCCUAUUUCAGAAGACAUAUUUUGUUAAAAAUGAAUUGUACAUAUUUAAAUAUGUAUUUUUGCACAGGUCUUUUUUUCUGAUAUCCUGUUUUGGUACAAUUGAGAUCAUCUAGUAUUUAUUUAUUAAUUAAUAAAAGUAAAUACCUUUUUAUAAUUUGAAGUGGUUCACUGCCAAGCCAAUAGUUCUAGAACCUGCCUCCUUUACAGUUUUAAGGGAUGCCUCUGUUCUGUGAAAAGUCUUUGUCCCUUUUAGUGUCUCGGGAGUGGAUUCAUACAGAUGAAGUGGGCAUUGCUUCUUCCUGGUUGCCUGGUUUCCCGAUAGACUACAUGUAACUAAGUGACACACUGCUUUUCUUUUGUUAGUAUUUUAUGUGUGAGAGUAUGUGAUUGCGUGUGUGUGUGCCUGUGCGUGUGUGUAUACUCUGAGCACAUGUAUGUUAGUAUGUGAUGUGGUUUAAAACUAAUGGAAAAAACUGAAAGUGCCUGAAACUAGUUUUAAGCUUAGACAGAAUCUCUUUAAAAAGACUUGAAUGUUCAGUUGAACUUUUGGAGUUUGCUUUUUCCACCUAAAUAUUGUUUCUAAAAUUUUAGGGGAGGAGUUGAAAACCACCAAUGCUGGUAAUUUUAUAAGGUAUUUUAAAAUUAAGACCUCUUGGUUCAUAGUAAUUCAAUUGGUGAUGGAUUGCCUGGUGGCACCAAGGGUUACAGAUCUUUUUGUCAGCCAGCAACUUACACGAUGUGUCCGUUUUGUUAUUCACUCAUGAAAUACAAUUUAAAAUAUUUAAAAUAUUUUGUAUUCCAAAAUUAUAAUACAAAGAAGUACCUCUGAGAACAUUGAAAAAAAUGUAUAAUUUGAAAAGUGUAACUUAUAAAGGCAGCUGUCUUCCUGCAAGAGUUCUGUUGCCAAGGAAUUUCUUAAUGUCGCUCAUUCUGUCCAGGGGGUUUGGGGCGAUUGGGCUUUGAAAAAAUAUUGUUAAAAGUUUGUUUAGCAGAAAAUAAUCACUUUUACAUUUUGUGCAAAACAUUUUACAUUUUCAGAUAAUUUAAAUGAGCACUACAUACUGUCAGUGUGAAUGUAGGGCCUUGAAAGCAUUUUGCUUUUUUUUUUUUUUUUUUUUUUUUUGAGCUUGGUUAUAAAAGCAAUCUCCUGUGUUAAAAACGUGUGAAUAGUUUGAUAAUUUGUACACAUAAUCAAGAGCAUCUCAGCUGGACUUUGUGUUGGCUGCUGUAUAGAACAUGAACAAAUGUCAAGGGAUAGAAAAUUACUUUGGAUAUUUAAAAGAGAAGAAAUAUAUAGUCUAUUUGUUUUGUAACAAGUUUCUGUAAAUAAAAUAAUUUAUACUAUUUAUAAGAAAAGGUUGUGCUUUGCUUUAUAAGAAAUUAGCUUGUGGAACAAACAUGUUACUAAACGGGCAAUAAAAUUAGGACUUCUCAAUAAAUAAGGUUGGCUGCAUGAAA